GAAACGAGACUGUAAAUAUUAAGACCAAAGACCAGAAGCUGCUCAGCUACUAUGAAACCUAGAUGUUUCUUUUAUAAAAUAAAAAGAAGAAACUGGAAUGAUUGAAUAUAUUCCCGCUGUGAUAUCCGCUUGAAUUCACCAAUUAAAUAUAACACUGUAAUACUAGUCGGAUGCAGUAUUUGCGAGUUUUGACUUUGAUAUCUAGCUGAGCAGCCAGCUACUUAGCGAAACAAGCUUUACCCAUAGGCUUUACCUUGAAUAAGAUAGCAAACAUGAACUCUCUGGUUGGCUAUGGGGUGUCCUCGGAGUCUGACAGCGAUGGAGAAGUGGAUAAUGCAAACAACGACGCAGUUUGUCGUGUCAAGGAGAUGCGUGAUGAGAAAUCAGCUGUCAAAAGGACCCGCAACUUGUUGGAGCCUGGUUCAUCUUCCAGUGAGUCAGGCAGUGAACCAGAACAGGAAGAAGACCUCCAGCCUUCAUCUUCAUCAUCACCACCACCACCACGUCAUCCUCGAACAACAGCAGCAGCUCUUUCCGCAGCCCACCACCAGCCAAGUCUUCCUCCUCCUUCUUCUCUGGGUUUGCUCACCUCCUACAAAUUGCCUCAUCCUUCCCUAAAUUCCUGCUCCGACAGCAGCGUGUUUGCCAAUCCUUUCAAGGCCCAAGCGGAACAGAAGCUCAGCGCCUUGCAGAAACACGUCCCCCUCACAAUGCAGGCCAAACCCUCCCAGAUAGGAGGCAAAAGGGUGUGCGUCUCCUACAGGAAAGAUGGGAGGUGCAGGUUUGGCAUCAAAUGCAAGUACGCUCAUGACAGCGACCUACAGACCACAGUCACUCCUACCGACUGCCUCCCCCCUGCGAACGAACAAACGCCAGCGUCCGAUUCGGUUGAGGCAAAAGACGGUGGUUCCGCAUCCCAGACCCUCCAGCUAGAAACGAAAGAGGAAGAGUCAGGGGGGCAACAAGGGAAGAGGAGGAAGAUUGGACUGAGUAACACCAUGAUUCCCCCCAAACGAGCCAUGAAGCAGUACGCCAUGAUUCGGGACAGAGAGCGACUCAAUAUGUCCUGAUGGGAUUCUUUAUAAGCCGUUACACGUUUCUGUCACAAAGCAAUAGUGUUGAGAUGACGUGUAUGAAGGUUUCCACAGCACAUUGUGUGAUCAAUAAUGACUCAGGCUUACACAUACUGUACAUCUGGCAGUUUCUCUUCUCCACAUUUACACUCUCGCACAUGUUAAGGGCCAUUUGGUUUGAAGAGUUUGGGACUACUGGAAGACUACUGAUCGCUUAAAAGUCAAAAAUUAUAGCAUCCCCACUUGAAAUUAAAAACAUAAAAACAUAUAUAUUUUCAGUAAGUUGUUUUUUUCCCCCCCCAACACAGAGUUCUAAAGAAGUCAGUGAAUACAUGCAAAUGUUAUGACGUUUAUUGACAUCAUAUAAACAAACAUGUUUUGUGUUUAUCCUACCACACAUCCUAGAUCAUUAUAUCAUAGAGGUGCAGAUUUCAGUAUUAGCUCGUGUUCUAUGGUUUCUACACAGCUUUGCUAAUUAAAUUACAUUAUGAGUCAUAGAUUAUAGAAAACAACUCUUGUGCUAACUCAGUGACUUUUUCUUGCUGUUAUUUUUAUAGGCUCAUAAGUGAUUAAAACGUGUCCUAGGUCACCUUUUGGCAUCCUAUAAUAACCGACGACUUUUUGUGAGUAGAACAUGUAUGGAUUAUUCCUCCUUCAAACUGAACCAGCGAAGCUUCCCUAACAUCUGCACAGAUGUUACUUACCAGGUGUACUGACACUAUCUAAAACAAGUUAAAUAUGCAUAUUUUUAGACUUUUUUUUUUU